AUGGAGAUCGCCACCAUUUUCCUCGCCGUCUUCUCGCUGCUGCAGCUGUCAGCUGCGCAGCCCAACCACAGAGGACAGCGACAUGUCCAUCAGCGUCAUGCUCACCGCCGCGCCUUUAUCCCCAAGCGGGACAAGGUGACAGUUACGGAUCCCGCCUUGGCCGCCCCGACUGAGUUACCCGAGGUUAUCGUUUACGUCGACCAGUUUGGCAACCCGGUCAGCACCGCUACUGAGACGGUUGCCUAUGUUCCCCUGUCGACUUCAUCAUCGUCGACAUCCACGAACCAGGCCGCCCUUCCGCCGACCCAGGCGCCCGUCUCGCCUGACGCUCUGCAGGCUCCAACCGUCUACGCGGCGUCCCCUAACAGCCCAUCCCAGGCCCCUGUUUCGACGUAUGCCCAAGCUAAACCUAGCUCAACCGCUGCUGCUGCCCCGGUACCGUCGACCGGCGGAGGAGGUAGCCUUCACGGUGUUACCUACUCUCCGUACAAGGGAAGCGGCGGCUGCAAAACAUCUGCCGAGGUUGAUACCGAUUUCGCCGUCUUCGCCAAGGACACUGGGGUUGUUCGCCUCUACGGUGUUGACUGCGACCAAGUUGCAUUCGCUUAUGCUGCUGCCAAGAAGUAUGGCAACAAGCUCUUCCUCGGCAUCUUCGACCUCAGCUCGGUUUCCCAGGCCGUUUCCGCCAUGGCUGCCGGCGUCAACAAUGACUGGAGCGUUGUUGAUACUGUCAGUGUUGGCAACGAGCUUGUGAACAACGGUGGCGCCACCGUCGACCGUGUCCUGGGUGCUAUAUCCCAGGCCCGCUCCGCCCUGCGGGCCGCGGGCUAUCAAGGACCGGUGGUGACUGUUGACACGUUCAACGCGGCGACGAAUAACCCCGAGCUGUGCAACCAGUCUGACUACUGCGCCGUCAACGUCCAUCCUUUCUUUGACCCCAACACUGGUGCCGAUCAGGCUGGCUCUUUCGUCGUUGGCGCCGUCGAGCGCCUCCGUGCCAAGCUUUCAGACCCAAACAAGCGCAUCGUCGUCACCGAGACUGGCUGGCCUUGGAAGGGCAAUGCAAACGGUGCGGCUGUGCCUGGCAUGGACACGCAAGCUGCCGCUAUCUCGUCGAUCAAGAGCGCAUACUCCAGCAACCCGGGCGACCUCAUUCUCUUCACCGCCUUCAACGACCCCUGGAAGCAAGCGGCUGCCGGCACCUUUUAUGCAGAGCAGUUCUGGGGCAUUGGGGGCCGAUACUCAUCAUGUGAUCAGUAG